AUGAUGCCGCGGCGGACGUUCGCGCUGUCGUGCGCGUCCGCGAGCGCGCUCGCGACGCGGAGAGACGCGAGCGCGAGCGAUACGCUUCGCGCGCAGUACGCGGACGCGUUCGAGGCGCUGCGACGGAACGCGGCGACGACGACGGUGCCGAUGACGCUCGAGCGCGGCGGCGCGUACGCCGUCGAGUGGACGCUGGGCGACGCGGCGAGGACGCUGCGAGGCGUCGUCGACACCGGGUCGCCGUUUCUGACGUCGCAGCGGCGAGGGUGCGACGCGAGCGGGGCGGGCGCGGGUUGGGGGUGCGUCGAGGCCGAGGACGUGCGGUUCGAGGCGUACGACGCGACGUUCGAGACGUACGGGCUGCAGGCGGACGGACGAACGUCGUGGUACGCGGGUAAGCGAGCGACGCUGGGGAGCUUGGAGUUUGAAGAUUUGGUGUUCGGCGUCACGGAUGACGUGCGAGGACGAGACGCGGCGCCGUUCGUGGGGUUGGUGAAGUACACGAAUCGCGAACGGGGCAUUCGACCGAGUUUCUUGCAACAGACGGACAUCGCGAGCUUCGCGUUGGAUUUCGAGCGCGAGACGCUGACGCUGAGUCGGGACUCGCUCGUCGAUGAGAGCGAGAUCGGGGUCUUGCGAACGGUGGAUUUGCGCUCGAUCGGGGCGCCGGUGUACCACUACGCGACGCCGUGCGACGAGCUGUGGAUAAACGGCGAGCGGUUCGAGACGUCCAAGCCGAUUUACGUCGUCUUCGACAGCGGCACCACGGGCAUGCUCGUCGAUCGGCAGUUGUACGAAGACAGCGAUUUUCAUCUCGGCACGUACCAGACGCACAUGAAGUUCACGGACACGAACGGUGAGACAAAGUAUUGCGGCUCGUCGCUGCGGACGUGCAAGCUGAGCGAGGAUUGUUUAUUCGUCGUCACCCCCAUCGACGUUCCGUGGCCGGGCUGCGGGGACGAUUUUCACAUCGUCUUCGCUGGAUUAUCCGUCUUGCGAAAUCAAGGCGCGUUAGUCGUCGACGCCGAGCGCGGUCUCGUGCGUUUAGGUAGACUAGUAGCGUGA